GGAUUCUGUCUUAUCGUGGUCUACUCCAACCACACGAUCGGAUUCAUUUGAGCGUAUAAAAGCAAUCCCGAGUAUCCUGGCAGCAUCAGAGUUCAUCUGUUUGCCUUGAGGAAACCAUCUCCGGUGUUAAUAAAUUCUAAUUCAAUAAGCAAUCAUGAAGUGCAUCGCAGCUGUAGUCAUGGUGGCUUUCGCCGUUGCCGCUCAGGCCAGUUACGCACCGUUGGUGUACAGUGCCAAUUACGCACCAUGGGGAUACAGCCUGCCCCACACCACAGUAGUCCAGAGCAACACGGCCCCGAAGCUGAUCGCAUACGCUCCAUCUGCCUACGGUGCUCCACUGGCCGCCUAUGCCAGUGCCCCGUACUACGCAUAUGCCAGCGCUCCACUUGCCUACUCGGCUCCGGCCCUACUGCUCCAGAAGGAGGCUCGCUAUCUGGCCGCCAACCGAGGUGCCAUCCACGAAGCUCCACUGCCGGGACAUGAGAUCUCCCAGCAGCAGCUCAAUCUGGAACCAGCUGCGGGAACCAAUUGAAUCGAUCGGUGCCCUUUGGUGCGGUAACGGUGUGAACUUGUGCGGAAGAUAAACGAGAAAGAUGUGACAUGUUUUGGAGAAUGACUGUGAGUUGGAUUUUCUGAUGAAUAAAUAAAAAUUGAGUUAUACUAAAAGUGA